CGCCUUCACUCGUCCACCGCGUUCCUCUUGCUGCACGCUCAUCAUCUCGUCUGGCUCUACGGACUGAGAACUACGACCUGGGCGAAAAACUGUGUCGAACCGUGCGAUAUCUGUCGAGAUCAGCCGAAAGUGGCCUUAGUGGACCUCACACGCUUCGAUCCGCAUGGGACCGGCUUAGGACAUGCCUUCAAAGAAAACGGGCUCUGGUGGUGCAACACGUACUAAUGGCAAAGGGAAGAGGAGGGCAAGUGCUUUGGAGAUGAGUGAGAGGGAUGUGCAGAGGUUGGUCGAGGAAGAAAGGGCUGCUAUGCUCAGGGCACGCCAGACGGAGUUAGACCAGGUCGUGGAUGCUCAUGAUAAUUUGGUUCGCGAGGCUUUCCAUUUGAACCACUUCAGGACUAUGGUUACGUUCGAUCCGAAGACCGCCAAGGAGGAUAACUCGGCCGUAUAUCAAGAGUUCAAAGCCCAGUAUGAUCUUUUGGAACAUAGCAUCACUUCCAGCGCAGGACCUUCGCGUCGGACAACGCGUCGCGCUCACAAUGAACGCGUUGAAUUACUCAAAGGAUCUACAAGCUCUGCGUCUGCGUCUGCACCCCCCGUAGCAGGACCAUCCACCAUCUCUCGAACGCGCAACGACUCCGAACCGGGCAAUAACGCUGUCUGGGAUAUCCUCCUAGCUCAGAAUCGUGGCGUAACGCCGUCGAAACCUUCGCACCAUAAAGGACGAAGCGUCUCCGUGGUUGAAAAUAUUCGUGCACAGGACAAUCCGACGGAGAGCGCUUCUGCACCCAUACCAGCACAUACCCAGAAGUCGCAUGCAAAACGACGUGUUUUCGUCGAAAUACCAGCCUCUUCUGCUGAGCGGGCCACAUCAACGUCUCAUUCAGAAUCGUCCUCUUCCCAGCGCACACUACGGAAGUCUACCACGGAACACUCUGCAAUGGCCCCGCCACCGCCACUUCCUUCGAGAUCAUCAUUCACAAUCGACAAUAGGCGUGCCGCGUCUCCGCCACGAAAACGGCGCAGGACAGAACCGUCUUUGUCUUUGUCUUCGGCUUCGACACCGACACCAACAAACAAAGCUGCGAUCGCGGCAUCACCCGUUCAAACCCCCACCACGUCUAUUUACAACUCUGCUUCUGCUUCCAUCAUUCCCUCGGCCACGACGAAAAGGCGUUCUGGUCGGUUUGCACAUUCUGUCUCGAACGCUAUGGACCCGACGCCUCUGUCGGAUUUGAACACUACGACGGCCUCAACGCCCAUAAAUCAAAUAACGAACCGCCUUCCUAAUACGUCUACGAAAGCUAAAGGCAAACAAAAGGCAAUCUUUCAUGACCUCUCGACUGCGACCCUGCCCGACAUCCCCACACCUACUUCUGCACCCGCUCGUGCCCCUCCAUCACCCACUCGCCCUUCUACUCCAGCGUCGACCCUCGUUCUUUCCAAUGCCAAUCAUGCCAAUAAAUCCACGAAUGCCAAUGUCAGCACGAACACCCGCUCCAACGCCCGAGCCCUCGCUUCCACGCCAUCCACCUCAAUCCGCCGCAUCAAACUGAUAGUCCGCAAACCUCCACCUUCAUAUACUUCACCCGUCCAAAAACCAAUUCUCAACCCACCCUUCGGAGGGUCCGUGGAGAAGCUGCUGGAGAGUUAUACGGCGCCUUCGUUUGGAGUGCCUUCGCGUGCUGGCUCGGCGGGUUCAGGUCCAGCGCCGAGUCCAGGGCCUGGGACGGGUGCAGGUGCUGCAGCGCGGAUGUGGAAGAAUGAGUUGAAAGAUAUGGAGGAGGAUGAGCUGCAGGAGCUGGCGAUGAAGAAAGCGAGGAUUUGGGAAAGGAUAUGCGAGGCGAGAGCGAAUGGGAUGUUGAGGUUUGAUUUGGAUAGUAUGAGGCGGAGUCCGAGUACCGCUGUGGGUGGGAACGGAAGCAGGAGUGCGAGUAGGAGUGGGAGUGUGGCUGUCGGAGAGGGUGCUGGUGGGUCUGGAGCGGGAGCGGGAGCAACGGCAGAGGAUGUGGAAGGGAGGGGCAAGGAACCGAGGGAUAUUUGGGAUUUCGUGAUUCGGGACGUUAAAGCGGCGUAUAAGCGUCGAUUGGCGGAUUCCGCCGCUGCGAGAGCCUUCGGCGGACACGGUGGGAGUUUCAGUGCUGGGACGACAGCGUUGGGGGUAGGACAAGGCGCUGGGGCAGCGAUGUUGAUGAAGGCAGGGUAUGGUGGUGUUGGACCGUUCGUUGCGGGGAUGGUGGCGGCGAAGGUGAGGGGGCAUUGGGAGGCGGUGGCAGCGAAGGAGGAGAAGAAGAGGGCGGAGUUGGAGAGGGAGUGGAGGGCGAGGUGGAAAGUUGGGUUGAGGGAGCUGAUCAAUGAGUGGAAGAAGGCUGUUUUGUAUAUUCGAAAAGAAGAACAAGAGAAGUGGGAAGCCGAGGAGGCGAGGAGGGGGAAAGAGCAUCUUGAUGCAAUUUUGGAUCAGUCGGGGUUGAUACUGGAAACGCAGCAUGCAGAGUUGAGUAGGGCUGCUGGAAGGAGUCGGUCGAGCAGCGUGUCGGCGACUCUGAGAGAUUGGGAGGAUGAAGACGACGAAGAGGAUGAAGAUGAGGAGGAAGAGGUCAGUGGCGAGGACGUGGACGAGGAGGAGGGUGAUGAUGGAGAUGGAGAUGGAGAUGGAGAUGACGGGGAGACGGAGGAAGGAGGAGAGACGGAAGAGACGUCUCAAGGUCCUGACGGUGACGAGGAAACUAGCGUCGCACACGCCUCAACACGAAAUUUAGUUGAGUACCAAGAUGACCUCGACGAGUGGCGAUCAGAUCCUCCGACGCCACAUUCUACUCCCAGUGUCGACCCUUCAAGAAGAGGUUCAUAUGAUGUUCUCGCAGAGUUCGACGACUCUAUGAAUGGUCCAUCGCCUUCCUCUGACCUCGUCGCCACACCUUCGACGGUCACCUCUCCAUUCGCUCCAGCGCCCGAAACUUCGUACGACGGUUCAAACUCGCGGAAGUCGUUAGCGUCUAGUGCGUUUCAGCCAGUGGAACGCAUGGAUGUCGAUAUGGUGUACCAUGGGCAGGCACUAUUUCGUUCGGAGGAUGGUGGCGUGGUGCACCGUGUCGUUGCCGAUGCAGUCAAUUCCAAGAACCCUCCACAUACGACUGAGGUAUUUCACGAGACGGUGACGAGGGUGGCGCAUCGACCUACGGAGGAUACUUUGGUAGGAGAUGAGCCUAGAAUCAUUAAAGAUGACCCGAAGAAUGGACCGCCAGUACUCGAACAAGACAUCGUGAUGAAGUCCGGCGUCCCUCCUAUCACGGAUGCCCCACAAGUCUCUUCUCCCAUCCUCAUGUCUCCAUCCGUUGAAGCACCGGUCGAAGGGGGUCCUGCUCAAAUCCUCAACGAACCUGUGGCCAGUCCCAACGGUGAUGUGACAUCACCGGCUUCAGUUCUGAAUGGACACGCAGCUGUGCAUGGGGAGUCGCAGGAGAAUGAGUCCUCUGAUGAUGAUGAUGACAAUGAAGAGAGCCACAAGUCUAUUCCCUCGUACCUUCGCCCGUAUGCCGUCGCACCCGUAGAUUGGGACCCCACGAAUCGGGUGACUGCUCCCCUCCUUCUUCGUGGACACCUUCGACCGUAUCAACAGGCAGGACUCGAGUGGCUCGCGAAUCAUCACUUGAAUAACAUGAAUGGAAUCCUUGCGGACGAGAUGGGGCUGGGGAAGACGAUUCAGACUAUCGCCCUUCUCGCCCACCUCGCUUGCGACCGCGGCAUCUGGGGCCCUCACCUUAUCGUCGUACCCACCAGCGUCCUGCUCAACUGGGAAAUGGAGUUCAAGAAGUUUCUCCCCGGCUUCAACGUCCUCGCUUACCACGGUACCACCAAGCGUCGGAAGGAGCUUCGACAAGGCUGGAACGACAAGUCUCACUUCAACGUCUGCAUCACCUCGUAUACUCUCGCCAGCCGUGAUGCACACAUCUUUAAGCGCAAGCCUUGGUACUACAUGAUCCUCGACGAGGCCCACAUGAUCAAGAACUUCAGGUCGCAGAGGUGGAAUACGUUGUUGAUGUUCAGAAGCUGGAGGAGGCUGUUGUUGACGGGGACGCCACUGCAGAAUAAUCUGUCGGAGCUUUGGGCUUUGUUGCAGUUCCUGAUGUCUGGGUCGAACUUUGCGAACUUGAAGGAGUUUGGGGAGUGGUUCUCGAAUCCGUUGGAGAAAGCCAUCGAAUCUGGCACGGUCAUGGACGACGACACUCAGCAGCGAGUUUCGAAGCUGCAUACGGUGCUGCGUCCAUACCUCCUGCGUCGCCUCAAGAAAGACGUGGAGAAGGAACUUCCACGGAAGUACGAGCAUCUGGUCCUGUGUCCCCUCUCCAAGCGUCAACGCUUUCUCUACGACGAAUUCAUGUCUCGCGCUCAAACCCGAAACGAUCUCGGUUCGGGUGUGUACCAGAAGAUCGCCAAUGUCCUCAUGCAGCUCCGUAAAGUUUGCAACCACCCCGACUUGUUCGAAGUUCGACCCAUCCGAACAUCCUUCCCCAUGACGACAUCUGCCGUAGCAGAUUUCGAAAUUAAGGAGCUGCUUGUUCGGCGGCGAUUGCUCCAGGACGAGUCGGAGUUCGGUGACAUCAACCUCGACCUACUGGGCUUGCGGUUCAUCGACCGGCAGAAUACGUCCCGGGUUGCAAGUACAGAGACUAUGCGCCUGCAGGAGACGGACCACCUUCCUUUUAUUUACGAACUCCCAGGCAAGGAGCCUCCCUACGACACUCGGACUAUCAGGGGCUUUAAAAUACACCGCCAAUACCAGCACCGAGCCGCCAUGAUCGCACGAUGGAGUCACUUCGCAUAUCUUAACCGUUUGCGGUGCAAUUCUCAACCAAUCUACAGCAGGGAGACCCUUACUUUGGUAGAGCGUUGUACUCGACGCCUGCUGCCUUCCUCUGCUCUGGACCGGUCAAAGAAUUACCUCGAGAUCGCUGAGCCCAUCCAUUCCGCUAUCAAGUCCUACGAGGAUCGAGCAGCUGAGAUGGCUCCUCUCGUCGACAAGUUCGCCUGUAUCACGCCCGCCGUAGUGGCUCCAGAUGUCCGCUUCCACGCCCUCCCUGCCGCAUCACCUGUCCUCUACGGAAAUCUGGGCCAAGAUACGAAGUUCGACGCCAUUCUGCACCAGCCAAGUGUCAAACUCCAAAUCGCCUUCCCCGACCCCUCGCUCCUCCAAUACGACUGCGGCAAGCUUCAAGAACUGACACGACUGUUGCGAGAACGCAAGGCCGGAGGUCAUCGUUGCCUUAUCUUCACGCAGAUGACUCGUAUCCUCGAUAUCUUGGAGUCUUUCCUGAACCAUCAUGGGUAUCUGUAUCUGAGGCUGGAUGGUGCGACGAAGAUUGAGGACAGGCAGUAUAUCACGGAGAGGUUUAAUUCGGAUCCUAGGAUAUUCUGUUUUAUUGCUUCGUCGAGGUCUGGAGGCGUCGGGAUCAAUUUGACGGGUGCGGACACCGUCAUCUUUUACGACAGCGACUUCAAUCCGCAGAUGGAUCGACAGUGUGAAGACAGAGCGCAUCGUAUCGGUCAAAUUCGCGAUGUUCACAUAUUUCGGUUCAUCUCGCAACACACCGUGGAGGAAGCCAUGCUCCGAAAAGCCAACCAAAAGCGCUCCCUCGACGACCUCGUCAUCCAGAAGGGGCAGUUUGAUUGGCGUUCGCUUUUCGGCCAGGUCGAACAGGUUAUGGAAGGCGAGGGAUUCACGAGGGCGUUGGAAGACUUUGCGGAUCAAGAGGACGUUUAUGCGGCGAAGGUCGCGGCGGAGGAAGCUGGCGAGCUUGAAGGCGCUGAUCAGGCUGACUUCGGCGAGGAUGCGCAGGCGGUCGCAGCGUCACACAAGGUCAGCAUGGAGGAUAUGUUACCGGUCACUACAGUGGAGCCAGUAAAGGAGUCUGAGCAGGACGGGCCGGAGACGGAGCAGGUUGUUAUGGCCGAUGAGGCUGAUGGUGAGGAGCAAGAGCCUGGGGCAACGGCGGAUUACAUGGUGGCCUAUGUGCGCUAUGAGUAUGAUUUCUUCAAGGAAUGGAGAUUGUAGGUCUUUUAUGCGCUUUUUCUUGCGUGUCUGUUAUCAUGUGCACCACUCCUUUCGAUAUUGCCGGUGAUUUGUACUUUUGCUUGUGGUACUUUAUGCUCGUCUUUCUCGAUAUUUCUCUUACGAUAUAUGCUUUCUUGAACCAUGAGUCCAUGGCGAGUAUUUUGCGGUC